CUGGUAUCCGCAAUUCAGUGUGCGGCUGUCAAAAGUGGUGCAUUUAUUUCCCAGAAUUUCCGUUCGAUUUCCCUCAGUUUCCCCUAGAAUAGACCCAGGAGGGUACUGUGCAUCGCCAGGAUGAAAAUCACAGUGACCACACUGACGGAUUACAUCUUCGUCCUCGAUGUCUCCGAGGAUCUGGAGCUGGAGAACUUCAAAGCGUUUUGUGAGGUGGAAUCAGGCUUCCCAGCAUCUGAGAUCGUUAUAGCCUUCAAUGGUCGUCCUCUGCUGGACGAUAAGAAGUCAAUGAAGGACCAUGGCGUGGCGGACGGCGACGCAGUGGUGCUGCAGCAUUUGCUGAGCGCUGGCCAGGAUGAGUUGGCGACUGGCGGCGGUUCCGGAGGCACGCCGCAGUUGGACUUCAGCUCCAUCCAAGUGCCAGGCGGCGGUGCUCUGAGCGGUGCGUUGACUGGUGCCUUGGGCGGUGCAGCGACGUCAGCAGCGCGUGGGCCGCUCACGGUGGCGCCUGAGGAUGACCCCAAGAUGGUCAGGGAUAUGUUCCUGAACAAUCCCGACACGCUGGCGCUACUGAAGCAGAACAAUCCUCGGCUCGCGGACGCCCUGACGUCGGGAAGCCUGGAAGCCUUCGCAAAGGUGUUACAGGAGCAAAUGCAGGCUCGCGCUGAGCGUGUGCAGCAACGCUAUAAGAUGCUUCAGGCGGAUCCGUUCGACACUGAGGCGCAGCGCCUUAUCGCCGAGGAGAUCCGCCAGAAAAACAUCGAGGCGAACAUGGAGGCGGCGAUGGAGUACAAUCCGGAGACCUUCGGUACAGUCGUGAUGCUGUACAUCAAUUGCCGCGUGAACGGCGUGCCCGUGAAGGCGUUCAUAGACUCCGGCGCACAGACCACCAUCAUGAGUGCUGGUUGUGCCGAGCGGUGCAAUAUCAUGCGACUCGUGGACACGCGAUGGUCGGGAAUCGCCAAGGGCGUGGGCGUGCAGAAGAUCAUCGGCCGCAUUCACAUGGUACAGCUGCAGAUCGAGAAGGACUUCCUCAUCACUAGCUUCUCGGUGCUGGAGGAGCAGCCCAUGGACAUGCUGCUGGGCCUGGAUAUGCUGAAGAGGCACCAGUGCAACAUCGACUUGCAGAGAGGCGUGCUGAAGAUCGGCACCACAGGCACGGAGACGGCCUUCCUGUCAGAGAGCGAUCUACCGGACUGCGCCAGACUUUCUGGGGCGCACGAGGAUGAGUCAAAAGUCAUGGCCGAGUCGGCGAAGUUAGCUGAAGAUCGAGCCAUCCAAGAGGCUCUCGAGAAGAGUAGACAGAAUUUGCCGUCUACGUCGACAUCUUCGACUUCAGCGGCGCCGGCGACUAGCUCAGAUCCUGCCACAAGUGUCCUGCCGACUGACCAGUUCACGGAGAAAGACGUAGAGGAAGUGUCGAAGAUGGGAUUCGCGCGUGACAAAAUAAUUGCGGAGUUGCGACAAUUCAAGGGUGACAAAAGACAGGCUGUUGCGGCUCUGUUUGCCAAGUCACUGAAGUUCUAGGCAAAGGCAAGGCCAGUUAGUUGUAGGCGCUAGGCUAGGAUCAUAAUUAUUCAUUUAAUUUGAAGACACGGGAUUUUGCUAAUUAAUUUCUUUUUCACGAUAAAACAAAAUUCAUGGAUGGGUGAAUUUACACACAAAUGUUCGAGAAUUUUUGACAAGACUAAUCAAGAGAAGUUUUAUAAAGAAAAAAAAAGAUGAACUUAGACGAUAAAGAGAUGAAAUGAUCAUUAGAAUUAGGAAAUUGGAGAAUUGAGGGGAGAGAACAUAAAUUGCUCACUGUCUCCGCAGAUGUUCUUUUCUUUUUUAUUGGUUAAUAAAUAAGAGGAAAUGAAAGAAAUGUGACUCACGAACAAA